AUGGCCUCAACAGACGACCUAAAAGCCCACGCGGCCUCCACCCAAGACUUUUACGCCCUCCUUGACAUCUCCCCGGCCACCGCGGAGAACGAAAUCCGACGCGCCUACCGCCGCACCGCCCUAAAAUACCACCCGGACAAGAUCGCAAACCCGACCCCCGCGGACAUCGACAAGUUCCAUCUCCUCCAGAUCGCGUACGAUGUCCUCUCGGAGCCCUCGAUCCGGCAACUCUACGAUAAUGCGCGGGAGGCGCGGCAGCGCAAGCAGCGCGAGCGGGACAUGAUGGAUGCCGCGAAGAGGAAGAUGAAGGAGGAUUUGGAGGCGAGAGAGCGGGCAGGCGCGAGCGGGGUGGGGGCGCAGAGGGGCGUGAAGAGGUCCUUUGGGAUGGCGGGGGCGGGGGUGGUUGAUGAUGAUGAUGCGGAGGAGAAGCUGCAGCGCGAGGUUGAUCGGAUAGCGGAGGAUGGGCGACGGAGGCGACGGGAGGUGGAGGAGAUGUUGAAGCGAGAGGCGGAGGAUGAGGAGAGGGUGAUGCGUGAGGAGGAAGAGGCUGCGCAGAGGGCGAAAGAUAGGAGCAGUGAGCGGGUCGAUCGGUCGCAGGAAGGCGGCGCGAAUGUGCCGGAGUUGGAACGCGGCGUGAAAGCGCGUUGGGUCCGUGAGGGAGCAGGCCUAGAUCUUGACAAGGAGGGCCUGACAUCUCUGUUCGCUUCGUUCGGAAAGAUCGAGAAUGUCCUCAUGCUCAAGGAUAAGCGACAGCGUCUUGGAGAGAAGCGGGAAAAGAGGACCGUCGCGACGGGUGUGGUGAUAUUCGCGUCAAUCGUCAGCGCACAUGCGGCCGUGUUGGACAGUGAGAAGAAGAAACGUGAAAGUUUCGACCAGUCUGAUAGCAUCUGGACCUUCGUCGACUCGGUCAACUGGGCCUCUGGCAACCAGCCGGAUCUAGGCACGAACGAGGACAAACACUCUUCCUCUGACUCAAAGCAAAACGGAGCGCCUCCUUCUAAACCAACGUCUGCAAAUGCGCCUCCCAACCCCAGCUUCAAUUUCCCAGGACUCAACACCAAUGGCGCCGCAAAGAAACCCGGGAAACCGUCGUUUUCUUCCUUCUCUACGGCAGCGGCCAACACGGCAAAAUCGGCACCCAGUUCUACUUCUCAAACCAACGGACAAAAUACCCCUAGUCUCGAAGAGGUGACAUUGAUGCGACUGAAGACGGCGCAACGUGAGAAGGAACGAAAGGCACUCGAGGAGCAACUCAGAAAAGAAGAUGAGGCCGCAGAGGCAGCAGAGGCAGCGGCUGCCGAAGGUCGGAGUUGA